AACAAGGGAGAUAAGUGUAAUUGAAAAUGUCAACAAUGGUGCUGUCAGAUUCCAAAACGCAGAAGAUACCAAACUGUAGAUAAAAUGAAAAUAUUUAGCACAUGUUUAUUGACAGCAAAACAUGACUUUUGUAAAAGAACAACACGUUUGGAAAUUCUGAAGAUUAUAAAAAGACAUUUGACAGUCAGUGAAACAGCAACAGCAUUGAGACCAUUCUAUUUGGCAGUACAUCCAGAUUUUUAUGGACAGUUUCCAGUAGAAAGGAAAGUAAAUGAAGAAUCCUUAAAGAAGUUACAUGAGUAUAUAACGGACCUUCAUAAAACAGGCCAAGCAAAGCCAACUGAUAUAAACUUUUAUGUAAGAGGAAAACAAGAGAAAGGGAUUUUUAAAAUAUUAAUAGACAAAUACAAGUAUGUGAAUAUGAAGUUACUGUCAGGGGAUGUCAGAUCCACUGUGACAACAGUACUGAAGUCUGUAGCUCUUCCAUUAGAUUACCUGGAUACCAUACCUCGGGGACCAGCUACCUCACAAAUUAGAUGGGAUUCAUCCUAUUACCAUUUCACUGGUAAACAAAACCCACAUGACGAGUAUUACCAGGCAACUAGUAAACUACAUACUGGUACUUUGAUCUCUUGGUUACAGAAAAAAGGACCAGAUGCCAAAAGAAAAUUGGAAUCUAGUCAAAAUAUACAGGAACAAAUAAAUGAACUUUAUGAAGAACUGAUAGAUUUUGUUGGAUUGGAAGAUAUAAAUUGGUACAGUGACUGGGAAAUCAAUCAUUAUAUGGGAUGUCUUCGGUCUUUUUCCAGAUUCUGUCAUAACCACCCAAAAGAAGUCAAGAAUAUAUUAAAAGGUAGAAGUUUGGUAUUUGGUAACAAACCUGGUGUAAGUUUAUAUGGAGAAGUUGUACUAAGCAGUGCUGAUUGUGAUACAGAUUGGAUGACAUUCUUGUCCUAUGUCCCAGCUUAUGAUGCUGUUCUAGAAAGAUUACCUUACAUGGAAAAAAGAUUAUCAGAACUUUUAGGAAAUAUUAAAAUUGAUCGUAGAAAGAAGAAACAGAUUAUGAUGGCAACAGAAUAUGAACUGAUUCUCAAUAAAAUUCUUAAUUGUUUACGUAAUUGUCAGAGAGAUGUUGAUAGAUAUUUCCAUGGAGAAGAUUUAUCUCACUUAGAACUUGUUGUAGAAGAAGGUUCAGCACCAAUGACAUUAUCAUCUACUGGAAAGUUUGUAACACCUUCCUCUAUACCUGGUAUAGUGUUGGUUAAAUUCAUAGCUGAAAACAAAGAAAAGGCCUAUAUGAUACUACAGGAUAUGGCAUUACAAGGUGGAAUGGAAAAGAUGAUUAAAAAACUUUGUAAAGAAGAGUUUCAGCUGUUAUCACUGAAGAAAGAAGAAAAUGUAUCACCUCAUAAAAUGAUUCAUUGUUGUGAGAGAUUACUGGAUGAUAAAAUCUUUCUACAGUCAGGACUAAACAAUUCUAAGUUAAAUAUAGCUCAUUACUAUGCCUUGAUGCAUGAUGGGGAAAUGACCAUACCAUGGAACUGGACUAGUGAUAUAUCAUAAAUGAUUAGUUGCAGUGAUUUUGUUUGAAUAUAAAUUUGUAUUUUUGUACCAGUCAUUUUAACUAUGUAGAAAAGAUACAUACUGAUGAUACUUUUCCCAUACCAUAGUACAGAAAUAUUUGUUUUGGUUGAUUUUGUUCAAAUAUGUAUUUGUAUUUUGUACCUGUUAUUUAAGAGUGUAGAAAAAAAUGCAUGUGUCUAUUGAAUUUAAUUUAUACUGUUAAAACACACGAAGAACACUUUAUAAAUGGUCAGAUAUUAAGAGUGUGUGCAAUAAAUUUGCGCAGUCUGUAAUCAGGGCUUCCAAAAGUGAAUAAGCCAUCAGGAAAAAAGUGUUUCAGUUUUUAACCUUUUUUACAGCUUUGGCCAAUUAAGGCAAUUAGUGAGUGUCCAUGAACAAGGAAUCCUGUCACAAAUCUUGAAACUGAUCAAGUCAUACAUGGUUAGUGAAAAUAGUCCAGAUGAAAGGAUACAAUUUGUUUAAACUUAUCUAUUCUCUUAAUCAGAAGAAAAAUAGGGCAAAGAUCUAUUUUCUUAGUCAGAAGAAAAAUAGGGCAAAGAUCUAUUUUCUUAAUCAGAAGAAAAAUAGGGCAAAGAUCUAUUUUCUUUAUCAGAAGAAAAAUAAGGCAAAGAUCUAUUUUCUUAAUCAGAAGAAAAAUAGGGCAAAGAUCAAUCAGUGAUAUUCUAAAUGUUCAUUUAUUCAAAAUUAUCCCAGAAAAUAAGACUGGAAAGCAUGUCUGAUAUUGUCAGAAUGCACUGAAAUGUUAAAUGUUUAUUGGACUUCAUGAAAAUGCAGUGUGGAAUAGCAUAAAUUGUUGCCAUAUACUAGCAGGUUAUAUAUGGCUUGCCACAAACACUUAAUGUAUAAGUUAAAAUUGUAGUUAGAGUAACCAAACCUUUUUGAUAAUUAUAUUUUCAAUGUGAAUCAACUGUUUUAAAAUUCAUUUUUUGUCUCGCCUUGACAGCGUCAAAAAGCGAGAUAUAGGUAUGCUGUAUCCAGCAUCGGUGGCGGCGGCGGCGUCAACAAGGUCUUAGUUUGUGAUUAGUUCUAAUUCAUGGUGAACCACUAUUGGUAGGUCAAUGAUAUUUGGUAUGCAGUUGUAUUAGCAUUGGCACAUCUCAUUACCAUGGUGAUUAUUUGGCCCCGCCCCCUCAGUCAAGGUCUAUUGACUUUGAAACUUUGCUUCGUUUACAUGUAUUAGGCUGUGAAUAGGUCAGUUUAUGGGGAACCACUAGUGGUAGGUCAAUGACAUUUGGUAUGCAGUUGUAUAAGCAUUGGCACAUCUCAUUUCCAUGAAGAUUAUUUGGCCCCGCCCCCUCAUUCAUGGUCUAUUGACUUUGAAACUUUUGCUUUGUUUUCAUGUAUUAGUUUGUGAUUAGGUCAGUUCAAGGGGAACCGUUAGUGGUAGGUCAAUGAUAAUUGGUAUGCAGUUGUAUAAGCAUUAGCACAUCUCAUUUCCAUGGAGAAUAUUUGGUCUCACCCCCUCAGUCAUGGUCUAUUGACUUUGAAACUUUUGCUUAGUUUACAUGUAUUAGUUUGUGAUUAGAUCAGUUUAAGAUGAACCGCUAAUGUUAAGUCAAUGAUAUUUGGUAUGCAAAUGUAUUGGCAUUGGCAAGUCUCGUUUCCAUGGAGAUUUUAUAGCCCCCACCCCCUCAUCAUGGUUCAUUGACUUUGAAACUUUUACAUAGUUUACAAGUCAAUGUUUGUGUUUAGGUUUGUUGAAAGGGAACGACUUAUGAUAAGUCUAUGGUAUUUAGUAUGCAGUUGUAUUAGCAUUGGCACACCUCAUUUCCAUGGAGAUUGUUUUGCCAUGUACCUUCAGUCAUGGUUCAUUGACUUUGAAUAUUUGUAUAACUUACAUGUUAAAGUAUUGCUAUUUUAAUUUCAACAUUUGCAUUAUCAAAAGUACAAAAAGGCAAGACAUAUCUCUGUGUUAACAGUUUAUUAUAUAAUUUGAACAUGUGCACUAACUUCAGACCUGAUAAGUAUUGAAAGUUGAUCCAAUUAUUUAAACUAUAUUCUGCUUAUGUUAAGUAGACAUAGGGCAAGGAUUCCAGGCUAGAAAUUUGUAUAAAAGGUAUAUACAUCUUAUAAUCAAACUUGUUUGAAUUAUUAUUAAUUCAAGGGUUAGCUGUGUACAAUUUAUACAUUUUUGUAUCACAAUUAGUAAUCUUCAGUGGAACAAGUUACACUAGCAUACACUUUACUUCCAUCAGUUCCAUUUUAUGAAGCUCAAAUAACAAGCAUUUUGAGAAAAAGCUAUUUUUUGGAAAAACAGUGUAUGAAACAAUUUCCAUAAAGUAAUGUGUAUACCUGAAUGCAAGGAACAGACAAGAUGAAAACUUAAUGACAGUCAAUUCAUAUGUAUUUUCUUCAUUUAAUCUGUAAAGCUGUUGAGACUGAAGUGUAUAGAAACAAGUUUUUAAAGUCAAAAACCCCAAAAUAAUUACCCAAUUGUAUAUUUUCCAGAAUUUAGAAUAUUGUAAAUUAUGAAUAUUCUGGCUGGAAAUACCAUACUCUGAAAGGUAUUUUCAGUCAGUAUUGGCAUUAUUGUUUAUACUGAUAUAAUCUCUAGUGAACUUAGGCAGGAUGGCCAGUGUGACAGCAUAUACUUUGUUUAAUUUUAUACUCUAUAUUUGUUUAUUUUAGAUUGUCAGCAUUUUCAAGUUUUGUAUAUUUUGCCAAAUGUUUUUUAAAGUUACCAUAGAAUGUUUUUUAUUUGUUGAAUUGUUUUAUUAUUUGAUUGUCUGUUAACUUCCAUGUAGGGCAUUGUACUACUUCAUUUUUUUCAAAAUAAAAUGUUAAAUAUA